AUGUCAGGAAGAGAAGUGGUACCUCUUCACCAAUACGAGGCCUUCAGGAUCCUUGUCUUGAGAGUGAUCGAGUCGUUUGUUUACAAGUCGCUAGACGAGACAAUCAGUUUGUUGAAAAUAACAACCGUGAUUAAUAACAACCCUCUGGCCAAACUUGUUAGACUCCAAAUUAGUCCCGGAAGAACUGCUUCAAAUCUACCGAAGGUGACUAUCAGAGACGUUAUUUUGUCUAUCACUAAAAUUUUCCAGUCAUCAGAUAUCCAAAUCCUUGCGAACAAUGACAAUUUCAAAAUAAAGCUAACUAGAAAUGAUUUCCAAGCAUUAGUUGAUAAACAUUUUGGAAGAUAUAUUGAGAAUUCAGUUGAAUCAAUUAGAGAUUUUGAAGAUGAUCAUGAUAAAGUUUUGAAAGAAAUCAUACAGAUUGAAAAGGGGGAAUUAGAUCAAGUUAUCAUUCAAGAACACAGACAGACAUUAGCUCAGAGACAACAAUUACAACAGCAACAACAACAAUUACAAUCACAACAAUCUAAACAGUCAUCACAGGUCCCACAAACGCAACCACAAGUCCAAUCACAAGCUCAACCACUAUCACAAGCUCAACCACAAGUGCAACAACAGGCCCAACCACAAGUACUACAACUGCAACCACAACCACAAUCACAACCACAACAACAAAGACAACAGUAUCCACCUGUACAGCAAAUCAAACCAAGUACUUCUCCACAAGCACAAAUACAAUCACCUCCAACUUCCAAGCAAAGCGAAGCUCCAAAGCUACAGACACCAACCCAACAACAAGCACAUCAGCAGAUACACCAACAAAAUAUACAACAUCGAGCUUCAAAUCUUCCAAAUCCCUCAAACAGUGUACAACAAGGUCAAUUGUCAACAAACCCACAAUCAUCACCGAAUUCACAGCAUCAAAUCAAUCAAGCUUAUCAAGCUCAGUCAAAAACACAAUUUCAGAAGAUCACACAACCGAAUACAUUUUCUUCUCUACAGGUAGAGCAAACAGCACAUGGUUCUCCCCAAACUUCAACAUCAAUCAAAGGAGCACCAAGUACAAGUCAGCAAAACAGAGCACAAAAUAUACCAUUAAAUCACCAACAGAACAGUAACCAAAUACACCAAAAUCAGCAACAACUAUCACAAGAACCACAGCGACAUGAAGUUUCACAGCCUUCACAACAAGCUUCUCAACCACCGGCUUCUAACCAAUUACCAAACACAUCACAGGCCCAAGACCCAACUUCUCCAGCUCCCCAAAUCAAAGCGUUAGCUAAAGAUACAGUGAAGAUUGAUAAACCCAAAGCCAACCAAACUAUUAUUCCUAUAAAGAAAGAAAACAAUAGUUCCAAUCAAGUAUCAAAUAAGACUCAAACUUCAACGCAAAACUCCAUUACCGAAACUGAUAAUAAAGUUAAAGGUAAAACUGACGAUGAAAACACAAAGGCUGUUGAGAAUAUUAAAGACACAACACAAGAUGAUGCGGUAGUUGUUAUAGAUGAUGAUGAAGAUGAUGAUCUUCGUGCUCCUACUCCAGAAGCUACAACCCCGGAACCAGAAUCAACUGAAGAGCCAAAAUCUGGAAAAUCAUCAGUCAGAUUAUCUCCAAGAAAGGGUAAAAGUUCUAUAAAAGACAAUGAUUCAGAACAGGAAGAACAUAAGUCCAAUGAAAGUUCAAGUGGAGAAGAAGAUGAUGAAGAAAAUGGAGAAACUGAAAGGAGAUCUACCAGAUCACAAACUGGUAAAAGAAGAAAAUCCGUCAAAGAUGAAGAUGAUAAAGAUACACCAGUAAAAAAGAAAACUAAGUACAAUAUACCAGAGGUUCCAUCUAGUCCUGGGGGUCCAAUUCAUGCACCACCUAACAAGAAGUUGCAAAUCUUAUCAAAUCCAUUGAUCGCUAAUAUUUCAUCUUAUAAGUAUGCUUCAACUUUUUCACAACCUGUUCAAGAGAGUAAUGCACCAGAUUAUUAUGAUAUCAUAAAAGAACCAAGAGAUUUGAAAACAAUUAGACAAAUGAUAAAAGAUGGUAGAAUUCAAACCAGUGAACAAUUGGAAAGAGAUAUUUUAUUGAUGUUUGCUAAUGCUAUUAUGUACAAUAAGACUGGUAGUGAUGUUUACGAGUGGUCUAAAGAAAUGCAAGUUGAAACUGAUAAUUUUCUCCAAUUGUUUAAAGAAUCUGAAAACAAUUGA